GAUGUCAAUGAUGUCAUCAAGAGAAGACUGUGGAAGUUUAUCCAUGCUGGAGAUCAAUCCAUAACCAUAAAGUCAGAAUCAAAUGGUGACUCAAAUCAAGAUGCAGAAAUAUACAUUCGAUAUAUCUUUUGCAAUUGUGAUCUUUUUGCGAAUGAUAUAACUGAAAUGAGGCUUAGGGACAUAAAACCAUCAAUGAAGCUCAAGGAUAUAACAAAGAAGAUACAUAGUGAAAACAAAAUUCCUCAAGAGGAAACAAUCGAGCUAUAUUCAAGUCAUGGAUACCCAUUACAAAAUAAUGAGAUAACUGGAGAAGGUACAUUGAGACAUUGGAAAAUAGACGAUGGUGACUUAUUUUAUGUAUUAAGAAGGCUGAAAGAGCAACCACAAAUGAAAGAGUUUGUUUCAUUACCUGAAGUAGAUCACAACAUUGGUCAAGAAACUUUUGUAAUUGAAACUCCUUUCCAUGGCUCAUUCCCAGUUAAUGCAUACAUGGAUUGUGACUCACCAGAAGACAUAGCACAAAAAGUUUACAAUGUUACUGAAUUGCAAGUUCCUUUUAUGUCACUCUAUGUGAGGAGGGGAUAUGAACAUCAAAGAAUGACAGCAUUUACAGAAUUAAAGGAUAGGGAUCACAUUAGAGUUGUAUUGAGAAACCCAUUAGAAAUUGUUCAGCCUCAUUCUAUUGAUUAUGGCAGCCAGAAUUAUCAUUUUUUGGUUCCACAAACACCUAAAGGAAUCACAAAAUUUUUUUCAAUACUUAAGUUAAUUGUAUGCAAACUAUAAUAGAUACAUUAAUUGCAUGUGAUUGUUUAUACAGUGUUCACCUCAGCCCUAUAAUAAAGAAUAUGACUUUGAAAAAUUUUUGUCUUACUUAAUGAUACUCACUGAUUUCCCUCCUUUGGUCUAUGCAUUACAAAAUCUAAAAGAAUUUUCUUUCCUUACAAUAUCUAGUUGGACAGCACUAAUUGAGGGUUUCUAUUUACUUUUCAAAACAAUCCUUGACUUCUUUGCUAAAGUGAGCAAAGAUGAAAUCUUUGAAUAUUCAGAUUACAUUUUUUCCAUAUUCAUACAAAAGUCACAUAAUAUUGAAGAAACAUGCACAGAAACACAGCAAUGUUCAUUGGUUUGCCCAUUAUCAGGAACAAGAAUACAUCAACCAGUCCGUGUAGAUGUAGAUAUGACACAAGGUCCCUUUGAUAAAGAAAACAUCCUUGCUAAAAUUGAAAGUGAUAAUGACUUUGGUCAGUUUGGAGGCAAGCUUACAAAAGAACAGAUAAAGAGAGACAUUGAGACUGCUAAACUUCUCAUGUAUUUUCCAUGGGAAACUGAUAAAAAAGCAUGUGUAUGGACAAAUCCACCAAAAUAUGUCAAACCACCCAAAAUUUGUAAAAAGGUAGAGGUAUCAUUUAAGUGGUAUGAUAUGUUAAACUCAUUAAAAGAGCUACAUAUACUGAAUCCUCAAGGAUUAUAUAGCGGGGAUGAGUGUUUAACUUACAAUAGUGAAGCACAUUUGAUAUACUUCCUUGGCUCAACAAAGAGCACAGAUGAAAAGCGAAGAUUCUACAAUGCAUGUGCUGAUGUUGAAAGUAGCUACCAACAAGUGAUACACAAAUCUGAACUUGAGACAAUUGGAAACUCAGGCCUUGAGAUGCAAGUUACAUCUGAUAUAUGGAAAGUUAUCAACAAAGACACUGAGGAAAUUCAAAACUAUGAUGAAAUAAGAAAAUCUGCUGUCAUUUCACCUAAGGAAAGUAUACAGUGGGAAACAGAAGAAGCAAUUGUGAUACUAUUUGAUCAAAGUGGUUCAAUGAAAAACGUAGUUUUCAAAGAAAUGGGGAACAUGACAAGAAUUGAUGCUGCUAAACAAUUGUUCAACAGUUUUGCAACACGGACUCAAGCAUAUAAGCUGCACCAUGCACUAGGACUAACUAUAUUUGGAUCAGAAGUCACUGUAAAACUAAAGCUCACAAAUAACACUGAGGAAUUUGAGACAAGUUUGAAAGACAUUGGCAUAAAAGGUUCAACAGAAUUGACAGCAGCAGUUGUUAAUGCAGUUCAGCAACUUAGACAGUUUAAUUGCAAAAGGAGAAUAAUGUGCUUAACAGAUGGACACAACACCUCGAGAACUACAUAUGAAACUGCAUUAAGCUCUGCAAAGGAAGCUAAUGUAAUUGUAGAUACAGUUUUAUUGACAUUCCCUGGAGAUAAUAAUGAACAAAAGGCAUUCUCUCAUGCAACGGGAGGUGUUUGUGUUCUCCCUAAAACAAUGCAGGAAGCACUCAGAUACUUUGAAUUAGAUGCAAUGCUCUCACUGAGUGAAAGGGUUUCUAGACAAUUUUCAACUGACUUAAGUGUGUUAAAAGACACCACUAAUUAUCCAUAUGAGACAGAGACUAGCUUUAAAUCAAUCUACAUUGAAGCAUUUCACAAAGUAAAGACACAGUCAAUAAAAAGUCACAUAGAUCAGUUGAAAGAAACACCAAGCAAUUCACAGCAACGAAGAAUAUUAAGAGAACUUAGAGAGUUCAUGCAUAAUCCUCAUCACAGUAUAGCAGUUUAUCCAAGUCAAAACAACUAUGAGAAAUGGAAAGUACUGAUGACUGCCCCAGAAGAAAGUGCUUAUGCAGGAGGAGUAUUUGCUCUGAGUGUUGAAUUUCCUAAAAAGUAUCCCUUUACCCAACCUGAAAUACGAUUUCUUACACCAAUAUAUCAUUGUAAUGUUAGUAGCAGCAGUGGGAGGAUAUGUCAUGCAAUACUUGGAGAAUCAUACACACCCUCCAUCAGUAUGAGAGAAAUACUGAGCUACAUUUAUGGACUGUUGAUGUGUCCUGACAUUGAUACUCCUCUUGACAGUGCACUUGCUGGAGAAUAUGGAUACCAGAGUGGUAGAGACAAAAGUCAUACUGAAUAUUUUCAAGCAGCAAGUGGAUACUUUAGAAAAGCUGGGGAAAAAGUCAAAUUGCAUGCAAGUAGAGCAUUUGAUGAUUUACACAAAGAAUUUAGUGGAUGACUUGUCUUGAACUAUAUGUACUAUUCAAAUUAACUAUUUGCUGUA